AUGGUUCGCUUUAUCAAGACAGCUUUUUUGUUGAUUUCAGUCCUCGGUUUCACUGAAGGCUUCAUGAAUGAUCCGCCCAACAGGCCACCACGCGCAGGCAAACGUACCCAUCGUGGCUGCUUUGGCGGCCUGUCAGACACGGCAGACCCAGUCAUCAAAGUCAAAGGCGACAGAACCAAGAACACAUGGACUGCCUGCGGCCAAUACUGCCUGGCCAAAGGCAAGCCCAUGGCAUUGCGAAAGAGCGGCAGCGAAAGAUUCGGAAGCUACAGCGCUAUCAAUACCGGUAUGAAGAGCGAGCUUUGGCCUGAUCAGGAUCCGUCACCUGAUGAUCCGAUACCAGAUUGCUUGGGUUGUACGUUCAAGUUGCCCAGUGAUGCCGUGUUUCCAGGCGAGGGCAGUGGUGUGCAGAGCUGUCGGCGCGCUUGCAGAUAUCUGAAGUCGAAGACGUUGAUGAUGUACGACAAGCAGUGCGUUUGCACGAGCGCUACUGUGUCGGAACAUGCUCUUGAUCGCGUCCCAGAGGAAAUGUGUUCUUUACGUUGGGCUAGGAAGCCUUACGGUGGAUAUUCAUAUUCUCUUCGCGCUGCACUUUUCAGCGUGUAUGACGCGAGUGAGCCUGAGAAGCCCGCACCUGACGCAACUACGCCUCAAGGUGCCGCAUCGUCUACUAGCACACAGACUGCCAAGGCCGCUUUGCAGACUUCCGGGCGCUCUGUUGGAGAGAUUAUAGAAGAUGUGGAGACGGAAGUUCAGCUCCAGUUGCUGAUCCUUGAGGGAGGAGUUUGGAAGAUCUUUGCGUGGAUGGGUCGCGUCAUGACAAAGCUGGUUACACCAAGGGAAGGACAUGAAGAUGAUGAUAGGGAGCUUGACCUACAGUAG